CCAAAGUGUAUAAAGAGAGACACUCAGUCAGUGUGUCAGUGUGUGUGUUUCACACUGAGGGACUGGUGUGUGUGUGCAGAAGAAUCAGUAAUGAUGAAGUGCUUAUAUCUUUUGUAUGUCGUGUUUCACGUCACUGCAGGCUGUGAUCUCUCUGGUAAUGAGACAGUAGAAAUUACACGACACAGUGGUGGUUCAGUUCUGUUACCCUGCUCCUGCUCUGACCUGCACAUCAAACCUCACACAUUCACCUGGAUGUCCUACAGAACAGGAUGUCUGACUGAUAUGUUAAAUGAUGAGCACUAUCGUGACAGACUUCAGCUGUUUAAUAAAUCUUCUCCUGGUAAUCUGUCUCUGCUCAUAUCUGACCUGAGAGAAGAGGAUCAGGGAGUCUACAGGUGCAGCACUGAGAAGGGACACAGAGACAUCAUGAUGUAUGUUAAAGGCUGUGAGCUGGUCAAGGAGACAGAUGUAGAGUACAUGACUGUGUUCACAGGAGAGUCUGUAGUUCUGCAAUGUGUCUGCACUGACCUACAGGACAAACCAAAGUCUCUUAAAUGGGAGUUUUCAAUACCAACAGAAUCUGAAAGCGAACAUUAUCAGGAAAUUUACCCUGAACAAACUGGACAUCACAGAAACAGAGUCAAACUGGUCAGUAAAAACUCUCCAGGAAACCUCUCUCUACUCAUAUCAGACCUGACUGAACAGGACCAGGGAGACUACACAUGUUCUGUACAGGAAGAAAGUAAAGAUUUCAGACUAUAUGUUAAAGGAAGAAGAGAAACUUCAACACGCUCCGGAAAAACAGACAGAAGACCUCCAUCAGUACAGCCUUCAAGGAAAACAACACAGGAAAAAGGAACAUGUGAAGAAAAAAUUAUUACUGAAGGACGUCCGGACUGUAAGGGAAAGCCAACAGAUCAGCCUGAACCUGAUCUUGUCACUUUCUGUAUUAAAUAACACAUUAACACAGCCGGAGCAGCUCAGGUCCAGAUUAACACUGGAGAGAAAACUGAGUACACCAACAUUAUAACAAACUAAUUUAAUGUAAAAAUGUUCAGAUAUUAUAGAAUAAUGCUGAUAAAUAAACACCAUGUUCAAUCACAAGAUUCCUGGUGGGAUUUUUGUAUUUGUUUGAUUUUACUGUUAAAAAAGGGAAAAGGUUCCAGAUAAUUGCUUCAUAUUCACCUUCAUUAUAUUAGCUAAGAGUAUUGUUCUGCAUUCACUUUUUCUGUUGAUCAAUAAAACUGCUGAUGGAUGAAAAUUUGCAAAAUAUAUUUUGAGUGUUUGUGACAUUCUUCUCAUCUUAUGUGUCCCAUUCUUACAUAUAUCAGCUUAAGAAAUGAAUAUGUUAGAAGGUGUUUGUGUAA